AUGCCCCGUGGUGUCACAUACGCACAGGACAACCAGGUCUCCGACAACGCCAUCGAGGCCGGCCCGACCAAGGUCCACGGCACAAACCCCGAGCACGACCACCUGGGCCGCGUUGACCGCACCGCGCCCCUCCCCGAGGACAUGGGCAACCCCGAGCCCUACAUCGGCCAGCGCGACCAGGGGCACGGCAGCGGGAAGGGCGGCCACGAGCCCAAGACGCUUGGUGAGAGGAAGGGGCUGGGUGCUCACAAGGCUUAG